CGCAAGCGCAGACGUCUCCAAGAUGGCGGCGGCGGCGGCGGCUGCGAGAGCUGUGUCUGUGGGCCCUGGGCUCCGGGGCCUGCAGCGGACACUACCUCUCGUAGUGAUUCUCGGGGCUACGGGCACCGGCAAAUCCACCCUGGCGUUACAGCUCGGCCAGCGGCUCGGUGGAGAGAUCGUCAGCGCUGACUCUAUGCAGGUGUAUGAAGGUCUUGACAUCAUCACGAAUAAGGUUUCUGCCCAAGAGCAGAGGCUGUGCCAGCACCACAUGAUCAGCUUUGUGGAUCCUCUCGUGACAAAUUACACAGUGGUGGACUUCAGGAACAAAGCAACUGCUCUGAUUGAAGAUAUAUUUGCCCGAGAUAAAAUUCCUAUUGUCGUGGGAGGAACCAAUUAUUACAUCGAAUCUCUGCUCUGGAAAGUUCUCAUCAAUGCUAAGCCACAGGAGAUGGGCGCUGAAAAAGUGAUCGACCGAAAAGGCGAGCUUGAAAAGGAGGAUGGCCAUGUUCUCCACAAACGCCUAAGCCAGGUUGACCCAGAAAUGGCUGCCAAACUGCACCCUCAUGACAAGCGCAAAGUGGCCAGGAGCCUGCAAGUGUUUGAGGAAACGGGAAUCUCUCAUAGUGAAUUUCUUCAUCGUCAACAUGCGGAGGAAGGCGGUGGUCCCCUUGGAGGCCCUCUGAAGUUCCCUAACCCGUGCAUCCUCUGGCUUCAUGCGGAACAGACAGUUCUAGAUGAGCGCUUGGAUAAGAGGGUGGAUAACAUGCUUGCUGCUGGUCUCUUGGAUGAACUAAGAGAUUUUCACAAACGCUAUAAUGAGAAGAAAGUUGCAGAAGAUAGCCAGGACUAUCAACAUGGUAUCUUCCAAUCAAUUGGCUUCAAGGAAUUUCACGAGUACCUGAUCACUGAAGGAAAAUGCGCACCAGAGAUUAGAAACCAGCUCCUAAAGAAAGGCAUUGAGGCUCUGAAACAAGUGACUAAGAGAUAUGCUCGGAAGCAAAACCGAUGGGUUAAAAACCGUUUUUUGAGCAGACCUGGUACCAGUGUCCCCCCAGUAUAUGGCUUAGAAGUAUCUGAUGUCUCGAAGUGGGAGGAGUCUGUUCUUGAACCUGCACUUGAAAUUGUUCGAAGUUUCAUCCAGGGCCACAAACCUGCAGCCACUCCAGUAAAGAUGCCAAGGAGUGAAACUGAGAACAAGAGAAGUUAUCACAUGUGUGAGCUCUGUGAUCGAAUCAUCAUUGGGGACCGUGAAUGGGCAGCACAUAUGAAAUCCAAGUCCCACUUGCACCAACUGAAGAAAAGAAGAAGGCUGGACUCAGAUGCCAUCACCACCGUAGAAAGUCAGAGUGUUUCCCCAGACCAUGACAAAGAGUUUAAAGAAAAGGAAUCUCUUGGGCAGAAUGAUAAAGAGCUGAAAGCCAGCAUUUAAGGGACUUGUCCAGUGACCUUUGCAAAGGUGGCAAGAGUCCAGUUCUUUCAUUCAGUGCUGUGGCUUUAAAGUCUCAUGUUCUCUGCCCUGGAAACAGUAGGUCUUGUUAGCUCCUUGUGUGGCUGAUGUGUCUGGUCUGGUAAUGAUGAGUUCGGGAAAGGAGGUUUUUUUUUUUUCUUUAAAUCUUUAGAGGUUCUAUUUUUAAAAGAGGCACAGAUUGCACUUUUUAACAUUUGAUCUUCUUGGUGAUAACUACUGGAAUUCACUGUAUCCCUUUAAAAAAUGUUUUAUGUCCUUGACUCUGGCUGUAAAUACCUAAUUUCCAGACACUUUUAUAGCUGACUGAGUUAUUGUGAGCCACAGUUCCGGAGUUCUGGAUGGGAGUGAAUGGCAGGAAAGGGAUCAGCCCCAGUGAGAUAACCAAGUGAACCAAACCAGUUUCAGGAAUUCCAUGAAGCAGAGAAUCAGACUGAGGUGGUUGGGACUUAAAAUCUGAAGACUUUGACAUUUGUUGAGCUCCUCCUGUGUGAUAAUCACUAGUAUAUUCCUAUUGAGUUAGGAAUCUAUUUUUAUUAAAAGUUAAAUAAAGAAAAAGUUUUUAGGAGCCUCUCUAGUGCUUAAACAGGUGUAUAUGUGAUGUCUAACUUAUAUGCUUUGUUUUCAACAUGAGAACUUUUUCUCAAAGUCAACAUUCUUAAUAUGUCUAUUUAUUUAGCAGAUGUUUAUUGAGCACUUAAUUGUAUUCCUGGAAAACAUCUGGAAAGGGUCUUUUUGUUUGUUUGUUUAUUUGGCAUGCGGGAUCCUAGUUCCCCAAACAGGGAUCUGUCCCAUGCCCGCUGCAGUGAAAGUGUUGAAUCUUAACCACUGGACGGCCAGGGAAGUCCCAGGAGGACUCUUUUUUAAUUGGAGAUUUGUUAUUUCCAGUUGAAGCUCUCUUACUGGAGUGAUCUGAGCCACCAGCCAUAUAUGAAUGUAACAUAAAACUAAGCAUUUUUAAGUUCACAGUUCAGCAGCAUUUAUGUUGUGCAACCAGAACUUUUUCAUCAUCCCAAACAAACUCUGUACCUAUUAAGCAGUAACUACCCACUUAAGCAGUAUUUUAUUUGUUUAGAAUCUAGAAUCCACCUGCAAUUCGGGAGACCUGGAAUCGAUCCCUGGGUUGGGAAGAUCCCAUGGAGGAGGGCAUGGCAACCCACGCCAGUAUUCAUGCUGGAGAAUCUGCAUGGACAGAGGAGCCUGUCAGGCUACAGUCCAUGGGAUCGCAAAGAGUCAGACAUGAUGGAGUGACUUAGCACGCACACAUACACAAUAUAUGAGAGGCCCUGAGUAGGCUAGAGGGAUACAGAGACAAAAUGAAAUGUGAUUCUUGCUUUCAUAGAGCUUGAAAUAUUGUUACCUAUACACAAACAACAAGUUUAGGUGAGAGAAUAUAAAAAACCAUAAAGGCUGUGUAGAAUUUCCCUUGGAGGGAAGAAAGAAGAGGGAUCAUGGAAGAAGGAGCAUUUCUAUCAGACCUUAAAAACCGUUCUUGGUGAAUGUAUUAUGAGCUAUGCAAAAGUUUUAUUUUUUAGAUUUUUUUAAUAUAGUUCAAAAAUCAAAAUGAUACAAAAAGAGAUAUUCAUUGAGAAAUCUCGCUUCUACUUCCAUCCUCUUCUCCUCUUAUAAUCACUUACUCACUUUUUUAUGUAUAUCUCAUGAGUUUUUUUAAGUAAAUAAGGACAAAUGCAAAUGUGUAUUCUUGUUUCUUCCCCUUACCCAAAAGAUAACAAGUAGUGCACACUACUUUGCUUUCUUACUUGUUGGCAAUACCUAGGGUGUGUGGGUUUUUCCUGCCUCCUCAGGCAGGUCUCCUGUUUCUUUUCUUUACUACCCUCCUGAAGGUCACCCAGUUGACACCAGGCCUUAAGCAGGGUUCACUCAUGUUUGCUGAACUUCAUUCAGAUGCCAGGGUUAGGCCAAAACUAGCCUCUGAGGAAUUCUCAGGGUGUGGCCAGCUUUUUCAUUCAACCAACACAUAUUUUAGAACUUAUUCUGAGCCAGGUGCUGUGCUAGACUCUGGAAGUUCAGUGAUUAAAAAAGCCCACAUUGGUCAAAUAGUUACAGAAUUACAGCUGUGAUAAGGGCUGUAAAGAAAGGACCCUAGCUGUGAGUACAGGUAACCUGCAGCCCUGCCCCUCCUUGGUGUGUGUGUCUGUGUGUGUGCACGCAUGCAUGCGUAGGUGUGUAUUGAGGUGCAUGGUGUGGCACAGCACGCGUCUGGAGCAAAGGCUGCACACAGUAGCACGUGAUCUGAAAGCCAGAUUUCACAACUUCACUGCCUUCCCCCUUCCCUCACCCCCAGUCUGUGGGGGGUCCUGGAUCCCUUGAGUUUUAUUGAUCCUUACCCACGUUACCUGAUUUGAAUCUCAAGAAUAAAUGUAUUUUUUGUUCAAA